UAGACCAAAACCAGCCCCAAACUGAUCAUCACAUCAUGCUAGCUUUAUCUCCUCCUGUGUUUUCAACCGUUGGAUGGCCUUCAGAGGAUCCCAUAGGUUAUGACCAGAACUACUUCUACAGAGACAGUUCCACUGAUCGAACUGCAGAGUCGUUACUUCAUAUCCUUCCAUCUCAGCUGCCACAAUUUGAGCUCGAACUUUCCAAAACUAUCAGCGGCGACAAUUCCAGCGGUUCCACAGUGGCUAAGAAGCUUAAUCAUAACGCUAGUGAGCGUGAUCGUCGCAAGAAGAUUAACAGCUUGUAUUCCUCAAUGCGUUCACUGCUUCCUGCAGAUCAAGCGAAAAAAUUAAGCAUUCCAAAUACAAUUUCGCGAGUGCUGAAAUACAUACCGGAGCUCCAAAAGCAAGUGGAGGGACUAAUUCGAAAGAGGGAGGAGCUUUUAUCAAGAGCUUCUAAUCAAGAAGACGUAAUGCGGGAGGAGAAGGACAUGAAAAGCACAGCUCGAAGCUCAUCAUUAUCUGCUGUUUCAACCUAUCGGCUUAGUGAUAGAGAAGUAGCAAUUCAAAUAUCUACCUUGAAGACUCACAACAAUCUAUUAGCUGAGAUAUUGCUAAAUUUGGAGGAGGAGGGGCUUCAAGUACUAAAUGCUUCUUUCUUGGAGUCAUCCGGAGAGAGGGUCUUCUAUAAUUUACAUCUUCAGGUGGAAAGAAGUUACAGAAUAGAAUGUGAGAAUUUAAGCGAGAAGCUAAUGUCCUUCUAUGCCUGAGAAAAGGCAGGAGUUAUUCCCAUAGGAAUCUUUGGUUCUGAUGUGCAGUGUGUAGCAGGUACUUAUGGAGAAGAUUAGUCUAAACCAUGGGAGUUAGACAAUGCCAUGUAAAUACUAGUUGAAAAUUGGAAGCCAUGAUCAAAGGGCAUGGCAACAAAACUACAAAGAAAGUAGUCAUUGGCGACCAAUUUUUUCAGAGGGACUCCAAAUAUCCUCGGAACAAACACUAUUUCGAUAAUAAAGUACCAACCGUCGGAAAUAGGUCAAUGAAGUG